AUGGAAGAGAAACUGCCAAUGCUAAGCACUCGCCGGACUGAGCAGAACCCGGUCAACCUUGACCACCUGCCCAAAAGCCCAAGAGCUCCAAUGGAGUUUCUGUCAAGGUCUUGGAGUGCCUCUGCUCUUGAAGUCUCCAAAGCUCUGUCUCAUCCUCCUCCUCCUCUGCCUCCUUCUUGCAUGGGUUCUUCCAAGUCUUCUUCAAACAGCUCUUCUUCAUGCAACACCACAACCACCACUUCCACUAUACCUGAAGACAUUGCUGGAGAGUCAGAGGAGCUUCCAGUUCUCUCUGGCCAUCAGUUUUACUUUGCUUCCUCUGCGACUUCUCAGCUUGUGCUUGAUCGCAUUAUGUCUCAGUCCAUGAGAGAGGAAGUUUCUCCAUUAACAUCAGGCAGGCUCUCACACAGCAGUGGACCUUUGAACGCUGGUGGUUCUCUAACAGAGACAGAUAGCCCUCCAGUUUCUCCCUCUGAGGAAUACGACGACGUCGUUAAGUACUUUCGAACCCACAACAGCAUCCACAACCUAUUCAACGCCAGCCGCAGCGGUGCCGGAAAUGCCAACAAUACCCCUGCUGCUGGAGGGGCCAAGACGGUGGGGAGGUGGCUGAAAGAGAGAAAAGAGAAGAAAAAGGAGGAGACAAGAGUCCACAAUGCACAGGUCCACGCAGCUGUUUCAGUUGCCGCGGUGGCUGCUGCUGUGGCCACCAUUGCUGCAGCCACAGCGGCUUCUUCAGCGUCAAGAAAGAACGAACAAGCAGCCAAGACAGACAUGGCUGUGGCAUCUGCUGCCACGCUUGUAGCUGCUCAAUGUGCUGAGGCUGCAGAAGCCAUGGGAGCUGAGCAUGACCAUCUCACUUCUGUGGUCAGCUCUGCUGUUAAUGUUCGCUCUCACGACGACAUUACCACUCUCACAGCUGCCGCUGCCACAGCUUUAAGAGGGGCAGCGACCCUAAAGGCAAGGGCAAUGAAGGAGGUGUGGAACAUAGCAGCAGUGAUACCAGUGGAAAAGGGAAUGGGAAUCGGAGUCUGCGGAAAAGCUAAUAAUGGUGAACGCAAUGGCAGCUUUAGUGAUGAGCUUGUUGUCCCUUCUCCUCUAGACACUACCUUUCUUGGGGUCUCUAACCAAGACCUCCUUGCUAGGGGCACUGAGCUCCUCAAACGCACACGAAAAGGCGAUCUGCACUGGAAAAUAGUAUCUGUUUAUAUUCACCGAACAGGGCAGGUGAUGCUAAAAAUGAAGAGCAAACACGUUGCAGGAACUUUCACCAAGAAGAAAAAGAAUGUUGUGUUGGAGGUCUGCAAGAACAUGUCUGCAUGGCCAGGAAGACACUUGUUCGACGAUGGAGAGCAGCGUCGUUACUUUGGGCUGAAAACAGAGGCACGAGGGGUCGUAGAGUUCGAGUGUAAGAACCAGAGAGAGCACGACGUGUGGACGCAUGGAGUUUCAAGGCUGCUGUCUAUUGUCGCCGAGAGGAAGAACAGGCAUUAA